AUGUGUACAGCCAAGAUACCUGCGGUGCUUUGGUUACUAGCAGGUGUGGUGUUGGCACUUGCCGUUGCAGUUAGCGCGACUCAUGGCGCCAGGACUCGUCACUACGAUUUCUUUAUUACUGAGACCAACUACACGAGGCUCUGCCGCGAGAAGAGCAUCCUCACCGUGAACGGGCAGUACCCCGGCCCGACCAUCUACGCGCGCAAGGGCGAUCUCGUCAUCGUCAACGUGUACAACCAUGGCAAGAAAAACAUCACCAUCCACUGGCACGGCGUGGACCAGCCGCAGAACCCGUGGUCGGACGGGCCGGAGUUCAUCACGCAGUGCCCGAUCCGGCCGGGCGGCAACUUCAGCUACCAGGUGAUCCUGUCCAAGGAGGAGGGCACCCUGUGGUGGCACGCGCACAGCGACUUCGACCGCGCCACCGUCCUCGGCGCCAUCGUCAUCCACCCCAAGCGUGGCACCACCUUCCCCUUCAAGAGGCCAGACAAGGAGAUACCCGUCAUCCUCGGUGAGUGGUGGAAUAGGGACGUAGAGGACGUGCUCGAGGAGGCGAAGCGCACCGGCGGCGACGUCGUGCCGUCUGACGCGAACACCAUCAACGGCCAGCCGGGGGACAUGUUCCCCUGCUCUAGGGACGGCACUUUCAAGGUGGAGGUGCAGCAGGGCAAGACGUACCUGCUCAGGGUCAUCAACGCGGGGCUCACCAACGACAUGUUCUUCGCCGUCGCCGGGCAUCGCCUCACCAUGGUCGGCAUCGACGCCCGCUACACCAAGCCCUUGGCCGUCGACUACAUCAUGAUCGCGCCGGGCCAGACCAUGGACGUGCUCCUCGAGGCCAGCCGCACCUUGGGGUCCAACAGCCGGUACUACAUGGCCGCGAGGACGUUCAUCACGCUGCCGGUCGACACCAUCCCAUCCAACAACAGCACCGCCACGGCCAUCGUGGAGUACACGGACAGCGCCGCCGCGAGGGCCGGGCCACCGGACUUUCCCAUCCUGCCGGCCGUCAAGGACAUGGACGCGGCGAUGGCGUUCCUCAUGCAGCUCAGGUCCCUUGGCAACAAGGAGCACCCGGUCGACGUACCGACGAACGUCGACGAGCACAUGCUCAUCGACCUCGCCAUCAACAUUCUCCCCUGCGACGACACCGACGUGACCAACGCGUCGUGCGAGGGACCCCAGGGCAGCAACAAGACGCGUUUCGCGGCGAGCCUCAACAACGUCAGCUUCGUGAGCCCGGCCAUCGACGUCCUCGACGCGUACUACUACGGCAUCGGCCGGGGCGUGUACGAGGAGGACUUCCCCAACAAGCCGGCGCCCGUCUUCGUCGACCUCACCGGCAGCAACGACGGGCCCGGGCUGACGAAGCGCGGCACCAAGGUGAAGGUGCUGGAGUACGGCGCGGUGGUGGAGGUGGUGUUCCAGGACACGUCCGAAGAGAACCACCCAAUGCACCUCCACGGCUUCGCCUUCUACGUCGUGGGACGAGGGUCCGGUAAGUUCGACGAGCGCAGGGACCCGGCGACCUACAACCUCGUCGACCCGCCGUACCAGAACACCGUCUCCGUGCCCAAGGCCGGCUGGGCCGCAAUCCGCUUCCGCACAGACAAUCCAGGCGUGUGGUUCAUGCAUUGCCAUUUCGAUCGCCACGUAGUGUGGGGGAUGAAUACUGUGUUCAUCGUGAAGGAUGGCAAGACUCCAGAGGCUCAGAUGCUGCCUCGUCCUCCAAACAUGCCUAUGUGCUAAUGGAUCAUGUAAAAUGAUGGCAAUGUGCAGCAAACAUGAGGAAAUUUCUUUAUUUUGUUGAAUGGUUUAGUGAUUCUUUUUUUUUACUU